AUGGAGGAUCCUGAGGAGUUGUUCAUGGAUAAAGAUCAACCUAUAAGCGAGUUGCGAAGGAAUAAGUUUUUGAAAAAUACUUCAAAGAAGUACCCAAGGAGUAAAGGAUAUCGUUUCUUGCUUUAUGACGAUGAAUUCCAAACUAAGCUGAAAGAUUUCCGAGAUCAAUUCGGUAGAAUGAGAUCGAAACAUCGCAAGACGUUAGAAGAGUUAUCUUUAAAAAUUAAUUCUUUGGAAAGAAGACUGAGUAACGCCAGGUCAGCAAGAGAUGCUUAUAUAGAUUAUCUGAGACUAAAAUACCCUUUAUGGAAACCCAUGAUAUCUUCCUAUGCUGGUGUGCCUCGCAAAGAAGAACCUUCGAACCCAUUGGAAUGUAUCUGGGAGAGUGUCAUGACUCGCAAUGGAAACCCUCCUCACAGUAAUAACCCGAUGUUCAACUGUUAUCAAACUCAGAAAGAAGUACAAGAGCUGGCAACUCAAAUGAGGGAACUUCAACUGAGAUUGGCUCAUUCUAAUACUUCAAGCUAUCCUAAAUCAUCCGAAGCUGUGCCUGCUUUUCACAAUAAUCAUGUGCCUCCCAACUUCUAUGCUUACGAACAAAGUUUGAAAUAUCCACCUAUGGCCAAUAUGCACGACUCGCCGGAGAGUAAAGACGAUCAUCUGUUGAAUGAAAUGUCUGUCCCUCGACAAAAUCGUGAACCAAUCGUUGGUCAACGUACUGACCCGAUCAUACACAACAUAGAGAAGGAAACAAAACACGAAGAAAUUAUUCAAGAACGAGUGGUAACGUUUCCUUCGGUCGCAGUAGAAAAAACAGUUGAUGCUCCUCAAGUUGUUCAAAACCAACAAAACAAUCGAAAUAAUGUCCGUAAUUCCAAUUCACAAAUUAUGAAUUUGCUCUCAAAGAAAGUUGAAACUAGUGAUGACAGUGAUGACGAUAUUGAUAAAGGCACUAGUCAUCCUGUCGACAAUAGGAAACCGCCUAAUCAAUCCGAACCAGACAAACCAGCGGAUACGAAAGGAUCUUUAUCAAUGUAUUUGAAGAAAAUAGCUGAUAAUGACAGUUCAAGUAGUGAUGAUAUCUUUGCUCCCGUCAAAAGACUAGGAAGGAUGGACAGUGAUUCUGACUUCUUUGGAUAG